AACGUAAGUGACACUGUUUUUACUUCUCCCGGUGACGUAUAAGGUAUUUAACCUGUAACAUGGCCGUUUCCACCGUGUAUAAAUGACAGGCGGGACAAAAAGCAGUAGCAUCAUCCGCAAAUAAUACAAACUUUACAGAUAUUUUGGUGCCGUUAGCUCUUCUAUUGCACCAGGAGCAUCAUGCUGCAACAGCAGUGUGCAGAGCAGCUAGAGCUUUUGGGGAAACUAUGUCCUGGGGAGAAGAAGCUGGAGGGCAAGACCUUUUACUUGGACAAUGUGAAGAAACGACUUACAACCCUGCUUUUGGAAGCCAUAUCUCUCCUUGGAGGCAGCAUUGAGAGCUUCCUGCACAGAGAUGUGAGCUUUGUCGUCACUGGAAGCCAAGCGGGCCUGGAGGAGCAGAAGACAAAGAAGAAUGAUGAAACUCAGCGGACAGUAAAGCAGCAACAAAGUGUCAUGUGCAGUGAGAAACAGCCACCAGCAACUCCACGGCCAACGGUUUGUGGCAGCCGAGGAAAAGCCCUGCUUGAAAAAGCCAUUCGCAACAACGAACGUGUCCAGGGGAGCAGUGUCUUGGCCAACGCCCGCUCAUGGGGAAUGAAAAUUUUGCAUGUGGAUGAUGUUCUUUUGUACUUGAAGCAGUUGAACAGUGAAUUCGUCAGUGCAAAACCCAAGAGACCUGAGAGGACGUCCAACAAGCAGCCCUCUUCUCAUGUUGUUAAAGCUACAUCGCUGAGAUCUCCUUUUGUCAAAAUUGAAGACACAAGCAGGAAGUACAAGCCCUUGCUUAUGCAAUCAAUGACCUUCCCUUCACUGUGCUACUUGGGACGAUUCAGUCCCUUUGAGCCACCACCUCCUCCCCGCUUUGACAAACAGUUGUCGCCAGGAGGAAAUAAAUCCAGGCCAAAGAGCAAAGUUGAAAGCAGCAGCAAGGACAAAUCUCAGACCCCUUCGCCUUGGCUGCCACGCAAGAAGAACCUCUCUUACUGUGAAUGUUGCAUGCAGUCCUUCUCGAACCUGGAGGAGCACUUGCAGUCGGAUCAGCAUCGCGUUUUUGUGCUAGAGUCCUCCAAUUAUAGCGUGUUGGACUGCCUUGUGGUUGAAAUGGUCCCUCGAUUCGACAUCUGUCCUGAAGAGGAAGUCUUCUAUAGAACACCAGCCUCUAUACCCAUCCAAGACCUUGGUGAACUGGAGCUGACUGAUGCUGAGAUGCAACCUGAAGUCUGGGCUUUAAGAGAACAAACCCAAAUCUGUGGACCUGAUCAGGAUCCUCCUCUUCAAGUCCAGCCCAGCAAAUCACCAGACAGUCCCAUCCCCAAUCCAGCCGCUUCACCUUCUAUCAUCCAUCAACUCUCUUCUGACCAUGAUAGCCUGCCCUGCCCUUCAACUCUAACCACAGCAGUACUGGAGGUGGUGCCGCAGCCUCAACUGCUAUCCCCCUCCCAUGAUCCAUCCACACAAGACCCAUAUUUUGACCCAUUUUCCUUGCCUCCUGUCCUCAGCCCGCAAGUCCUCUCACUGGAUGAUAUGGAGUUGCAUAGUCCAUACUCGGAACCUCCUGUCCUCAGUCCUCAGAACUACACCACUGAGGAUUAUGGAGACAUGUGUGACAAUAUUGCAAGUGUGUCAGAAACCGUGCCUAUUUUGUCCUGUGCACAUCCCAUUGUGGCUGUGGAGUUGUCCAAGCCAGAUGCUCCUCCAGUUGUAAGCAAGGUCCAGUGUCCCUAUAGUUUCCUGGAGUCUUUCAAGCUGUCUACAUGCCAACAGUGGACCCCAAAGCUCAGAAAACGCUGUAGGCAUUCCAGCCCUGAAUGUAGCCAAAGCAAAAGGAAAAGGACGGCCAGCGGUGGUUGUGGGAAGGACAUUGUAAAUUCGUUAUCUGACAUGGCUUCUUGUCAAAUACUGCAAAAGUGUUCUAGUGGAAAUGUCCCUUUAUUAGACAGAAUGCGUCAUGUGGACAAAUUGGACUCAAGUGUACCUCAGAGUUUCCCUCCAUUUAACAUUUUGCCAUCAUGGCCGCUGUCUUCACAUCCUGCCAAUCCUUCAUCUUACUUGUGUAACGAUCAAGCCCCUGACGGACUUUCCAGCCGAGGCUCUCAACAGUCACAGUCCCACUCCACAUCCGUGUGCAUCGACCCUGCUCUCAUCCCGGACGUAGACCGUCUCUCCCUGUCCUCAUCCGACUCGGACUGGGAUUGCGAGCUUCUCUCUGGCCUGCGACCGAUAGCGGCCCGGUCUGCAUCGCCGGCUGCUCAGACCUGUGAGCUGGACAAGGACAUUCUCCACCGGCCCUGCGCCUGGAUGCACGACACCAGCUACGAGUCGCGUCUUCACACCGUCCUGCAGCCAUCCACACCGGCGGGGGAGCCCUCCACCUUCUCCAGGACAGUGGUACAAAUUGUUGAGGUACAGCACUGACCACACUUUGCGAUGAACCACUCACUGGAAGAUGGAGAAAGACUUUGCAGCUACGCACUGCCCGUGAACAGACAAGCUGGGCAACAGUUAACUGCUUCAAAACAAUGUACACUGAAUAAAUAUUAGUGCAAAGUAACUUUUUAUAUACCUAAUGAACUGCACAUUUCUACCUACAGUAGGUACACCUUCAAAUGUACAGUUUAGAUUGGCAUUGUGGAGAGUUGUAAGCCAAUAUUGAUUCAUAAAUACAUCUGGCAAUGUUAAUCAAAACUGAGCGUUGUCUUUGUAAGCAUGUUUUAUUGUGUAUCUAACAUUGUGGCAGGUAAAUAUUUAUGUAUGUACACAGAUUGGCCAUUAUCCCAUUAAUUGGAAGGGCAUCCAUUCUUGUUUUCUCCUGUGUUCCUGUUCAUCUACUAAACUGCUGCUGGUGGUGUUGUGCUGACAUUCAUCUCUCAGCAGCUGUCUGGAAGCACACUCUCAGAAUUUAAUGAGCUUUUUCUGAAAGGGCAUUAUUCAAUUACUUUAAGUGCUUUGGAUUGCAUCUCGCUCGUGUUGCUGGUCCGACAUGCAAAGCACUUCCUGUGGUACGGAAUCCACAAACAUGACAUUUUGUUACCAUUUUUUUGUAGUUGCCUCUAAAUGUCUGUCAAAGGUGGAAAGACUAUUCUUUGGGAAAUGUUACCGUAAUUGUUUUUAUUAAAUAAAUUGUUUUAUCCUGAAAUAUUUCCUUACAAUUUGUAAAAUAUAUAGCAACUCUGCCCAAGUGAAAUGAUUCACCUUCAUGCGGACUCAUCUUGGGGAGGUAAAUGGACAAGGGAC